AUGGUUAUCGGCGGCCAGGUUCUCAACGGUCUUGGUAUCGGCUGUGACCUCCUUUCCAAUCCUCUGAUUCAAGAAAUCGUCCCAAAGAAGCAUCGACCCAUCGCUACCGCCUUUGCAGCCGUCUUCAGCGCUGGGUCAUUUAUCGGGGCACCCAUCCUCGAAGGUGUGUUCAUUCAGAGGGCCAUUGGGGGGGCCUUGGACGGGUGGCGUGUUGGCUUCUAUAUCGGAGGUGGCCUCUAUGCCUUAUCGUUCAUCGCCCUCGCACUCUUCUAUCGUCCCAUGCCUCGCCCGAACCCCGAAGGCUUCAGUUUCAAGCAACGCCUCUUGAAGAUUGACUGGCUUGGCGUGGUUCUGGCAUGCUCUGGCCUGACAUUGUUCCUUGUGGGCAUCAACUACGGCGACAACCCGUAUGAAUGGACGUCGGAGAUUGUCCUGGGAACAAUGAUACCCGGGGCUCUUCUCCUGGUCAUGUUUGGGCUAUGGGAAUGGAAAGGAACAUCGACCGGGAUUCUGCCCCACGCUGUCUUCAAAGACCGGAACUAUAACGUCGGGUUGAUUAUACGCGUUUCUGGCGGUCUUGCCCUCUAUGGAUGUCAAGCCUUCUUACCCCAGAUGGCAGUGUACGUCUUUGGUACCGGUGGACUCGUAACGGCAGUUUGGCAGUUGCCUCUGAACAUCUCAACUGUUCUAGGCUCACUGCUGGCCGCUAUCCUCCUACGCUAUCUCAAAGAGGUCCGUUGGAUCACCAUGGGCCUUCUUGCCAUGUUGCUUCUCGGUGCUGGCUUGAUGAUGCUGGUGAAACCAGGUGUCGAGUUCGCCGUCUGGUUCUUCCCAUCGGCGUUCAUGGGUCUUGCGAUUGGGUCCGAAGCUGCGGUCCUCACCAUCAUCGCCGGCUUAGCCUCCCCAGACGAAUCCAUCGCUACUGCUGUAUGCAUCAGCACCGCGGCAGGUUUUCUUGGCGGCGCCAUCGCCACAACUAUGUAUGGCCAAAUCUUUAAUGCCAAAGUCAAGGACUUCCUACCUCCAGCCGUCUCGGGGGCGGCCAUCUCUGCGGACCUCCCAGAAUCCAGCCUCCCCAGGCUGCUGUCAGCCAUCAGCUCUCAGAGCAGGGAGGCGCUGGGUGCAGUACCGGGAGCCACUGAAGCAGUCCUUGAGGCCGUCACCAAAGCAUCGAGGUCGGCGUAUGCAGAGUCCUUUACCUACAUUUGGUUCACUUUGAUUGCUUUCUGCGUCAUCUCAAUCAUCGGGAGCUGGUUCUUCACCUCCACAGCGGAAUACUUCACCGACGAGGUUACCGCACCAGUGGUAGAGCGUUACAACAAGGUUAUUCAGCAGAAGAGGGCCGAGGUGUCAAAGUAA